UUUAUUUCACCAGAAUUAUUGAACCUUACUUGGGAUUGAGACACAGGAGCCUCGCUAGCCAGGAACACCGGAUUAUUUCCCCCCCACACCCUCCUCGUUCUCCAGCGAAGUUGGCAAAGAGAGAGGAGGGGAGGAAAAGUUUCUCCAAAAACUUUUUUUGAAACUUUUUUUUUUUACUUCCCCAAAAGUUUGGGGUAGGUAGGUGGUGAAGGUGUGAAUCGAACAUGCCUCCUCGGGAUCUGUUGGACUACCGUGUGAGAUUCGCUCCCCCAGUCCCCCCACACAAACCCAGGCAAGGCAGCCGGGGCGCAGACCCACAAGAGCGGUUCCUAAAGUGCGUCUUGCUCGGGGACGGUGCGGUGGGUAAAACAAGUCUGGUCGUUAGUUACACCACUAAUGGAUACCCGACCAAGUACGUCCCAACGGCCUUUGAUGACUUCUCAGCCGUCGUUCAAGUUGACGGGACCCCUAUCCGACUACAGCUCUGCGACACAGCUGGCCAAGACGAGUUCGACAAGCUGCGCCACUUCUGCUACCACAAGUCCGCCGUCUUCCUGCUGUGCUUCAGCGUGGUCAGCCCGUCCUCCUACCAGAAUGUGGUGGAGAAGUGGAUGCCCGAGAUCCGUGCCCACUGCCCCACCACCCCCGUGCUGCUGGUGGGCACCCAGUGCGACCUGCGCGGAGACGUCAAGGUCCUGAUCGAGCUGGCCGCCUGCCGGGAGAAGCCGGUGUCCGCUGCCGACGCCCGCGGCCUGGCCGAGAAGAUCGGCGCCGUGGCCUACGUGGAGUGCUCCUCCCUCACCCAGAAGAACCUGAAGGACGUCUUCGACCUGGCCAUCGUAUGUGGCCUGCGGCAGGUGGACCGCCAAGUGGCCGGAGAGCGCAAGAUGAAGGCGCUGACCGCCAACAAAAUGAGGACCCUCUCGAGAUCGUGGUGGAAGAAGUACAUCUGUGUUAUUUGAACAUAGAAACAUAGAAAAUAGGUGCAGGAGUAGAGGCCAUUCGGCCCUUCGAGCCUGCACUGCCAUUUGAUAUGAUCAUCGCUGAUCAUCCAACUCAGUA